AUUUCUUUUAUUUUUCAUUCAUGGCACCCAAAGAAAGAUCCGCCGGUGCCGGAAAACCUAACACAACCGGCGUUGGUGGUGUGAGUUUGAAAGAGCCGCAUUUUAGAGGAGUUCGGAAGAGGCCGUGGGGGAGGUACGCCGCCGAGAUCCGUGAUCCAGGCAAGAAAAGCCGUGUCUGGUUGGGAACUUUCGAUACGGCGGAGGAGGCUGCCAGGGCUUACGACGCGGCGGCGCGUGAGUUUCGUGGUGCCAAAGCCAAGACUAAUUUUCCGACACAUGAGGAUGUUGGUUUGUUCAAGGUUCAACGGAGUCCGAGUCAGACCAGUACGGUCGAGUCACCGAGUCACCCGGAACCGGUGGUUCCACUUUUGGAUCUCAACCUUUCGUACAGCGUCCCUCCUCCUUUCGUCGUCCAUUUUCCUUACCAUCACCAGAAUCAACAUCGUUUUUCUAAGGUCCCCGGUGCCGGAUUUUAUUCUCCUCCGGCGAACCAGAUGGUUUACUUCGACGGGAUUCACAUCACCAAUUGCGACCGAUCGCCCGUGAUUUUCCGGCAGUCUUCCAGUGCUUCAAAAAGCGACGACUCUAAUUCAUCAACGGUGGUUAACUUGAAGCCGUCGCCGCCACCGCGACGCAUAGCAAUCGACCUCAACUUUCCGCCGCCGGCGGAAGGUCUUGAUAUUGAUCUUAAUCAUCAAAUCGUAAAUUCGAAAUAGUAAUUAGUACUAUUACGUUUUUUGCUAAAUCGAGUAGGAAUACGGCAACCUCGUUUACCGGUGCGAUCAUGUAUCUCCGAUCAAUCACCGUUAACCGUCGGCAGUAAAUACAAAAUCCGAUCCCCCCUUUUUUGCAACAUGUAGAGAAACUCUGCAGGGUAGUUUCUCGAAUUUGUUGUUCGGUAAACGGUUGCGAUAAUAUGUAAUUUUUGUGCGAUGGAAUUUCCGAUUACAUUUCCGGCAAUAUAUGUUUUGUUGUAUGAA